AUGCCCGAUAAUUUGAUAUACAACCAUUCAAAUCUACUUGAAAUUGGUAGAUUUUCCCGAUAUAUCCUCACGUAUAGGCUCUCAAAACUGGAGACCAACAAUAAUGAUGAUGGGCAACAACUAAGAAUUCAAGUGAAAAAUGUGGAGCUACCCAUGAAGAAAUUGUUAUAUUUACUUGGUCCAUAUUCUUUGUACGUGCAACUUCUCCCAUGGAAUUUUAAUGAAUCACUAGAACAUAAUCCGGACCCUCUGGACCAGAAUUUGGUACAAAUAUCGGCCAAUAUUCAUCCGUCCAAAAGUUUUCACGGAGUUUUGGAGCUUAAUGAAAAUUCUUUGGUUAAUGAUGCCGAAUCUCAGGAAUUCAAUGUUUACCGCUGGAGACUAGAUGUGAUGUCGCAAGCGAUUUUGUCAGAUUCUGUGGUAACCCAUUUUGAUGUUUCUAUCACUUCCCAUGCCGAUGGAAACCACGACGCGUCUUCCCUGAUAACGUCGUUGUCUACAGGAGUCCUGACUCCAGAAUCAAGAAUCAUGGAUCCAUUACUUGAUGUUGAAGUACAGUCAUCAGCUGAUAUUUGGAAUAAACCUCCCCCAAACCCACUGGUACCAGCUCAUUUAGUAAUAUUGACACAUGGGGUGUACUCAAAUAUUGAUUGUGAUCUUUUAUACAUUAAGGAAAAGCUCGAGCUCAACAGCAAAGGCGAAAAUAUCAUGAUUCGCGGGUACCAUGGUAACGUGGGCCAUACUGAACGAGGAAUUAAAUGGCUAGGGAUUAAUUUGGCAAAUUACAUUGAUUAUCUUUUGAAUAAUGGUGAUUACAAGAUUGACAGGAUCUCAUUUUUGGGACAUCUGUUAGGUGGAGUGGUUCAGUCAUUUGCCAUUUAUUAUCUUUUAAAUUAUGAAGGUUACAAGACAGGAAUUAUUAAUUAUGCAAGGGACGAUAUCCCAGGCUCGUUACCAAAACCAAACAGAGUUCUUCUCAAGUCGAUACGACCGGUGAAUUUCAUGACUCUUGCAGCGCCUUUGCUUGGUACUCAAGCUGAAUUUGAUAAUUUAAUAAACCUAGGACUUGAGGUAGGAUCUCUUGGGAAAACCGGCAAGGAUCUCCUGCUUCGUAACCGUUAUUUCUCAAAGUUUAAUCUCAAAGUAGAAGACGCCCAACAAAACAAGCUCCAUGUGUUGUUGAAACCAUUAUUGGAGACAAUAUCGAUUGAUCUCAAGUUCCACUUCUAUUUAAAGGCAUUUGAGCAUAGAGUAGUUUUUGCAAAUGUCUUGAACGAUGGAAUUGUACCAUUGAAGACGAGUGCGUUGAUGUAUUUGGAUUACCAAAGUUUGCGGGUGGCAGAGCUAUUGAAGAAAGCUGCUAAAGAUCGACAGAAACUCAAUGGUCAAUCAGAGAUUGAUUCGGAAGUAAUAUUAAAUGGGAAAGACCCAGCCAAAACUUCAUCUUUCUGGAGAGGCAAAUGGAAUCACAGAAAUAAAAACGGUUCUGCUGUCGGCGAGAUCCCUGAAGACUUAGAUAAUAGUGAUUCGGUUUUCAAUAUAGAGGAUGAGACUAAGAUUCUGGAAGGCAUGAAGAAAACUUUUAACAACACAGAGACGGGAUCUAGUGAGCCCGCAACAACACUGGCGAGAACUCCGUUACCUCUAAAAUCGGGCUCCAAGAAAGUUGAGAAGAGGAAUAGUUCUUCAACAUUAUUGAGAAGCGUUACAGCCUUAUCAAAAUUACAGGUAAAGAAAGAGGAUAAAAUGCACAAAUUUCAAACUUUAGAUUCUAAAGGGACCUUGAAGUCCUUUCAAAGUGAUGAUACUAAGGACACCCGGUCCACCAAAACCUACCGUCCUCCAAAGUCUUCAUCAGUAUUAUCAGCAAUUAAUGUGUUGAAAGCUCCUGCCCCGCAAAAGGAAUUCUUUAUGAAUUUCAAGCCGUUGGAACAGAAAGAAGUAAAGGCAAUGAUUGAAGAUUUAUCAAAGGACCUUAAUGCCACGGAAUCUCCACAAACAGAACCAGAUGAGACAGUUAAUUUGACUCCCGAAGUUCUUGAUAGUGGAAUUAUAAUACAUGAUCGUACCUACUCUUUUGAUGAGCUCCCGCCACCUCAUUACAAUAAAAUAAGUGCUCCUCGUCGUCUCCGUCUUCGAGCGGAUACUCGUUCCAAGAAACCUGCUGGGAACACUCACCGUCUCACAGGUUCCUAUAUUAUUCUGGAUGUUCUUCAAACCAAUGGCAAAGAUAUUCCUUUUUUUUAUCACUCUCGGAAAACUAAUGCGAUUGUCAGAAAGCAUUUCAAGAGCAGUCAAUUAGCAGAAAAAUUGGCAAGAUGUUAUCAUUUCGAUAAGUCCUGGAGAAAAGUGCUCGUAUGCUUGAAACCAGACGCUCAUAAUAAUAUCGUGGUGAGAAGACAGUUUGUUAAUAGCUACGGAUGGAAUGUAAUACACUAUUUGGCCAGUAUAUUUGAAUACGGUGCCAAACAUGGAGAAAAAACUGAGAAGUAUCUUGAUGCUGUUCUGAACAUCGAAAAGCUUGAAAACGUUCAUUACGAUGCCAGCAUCUCUUUAUUGCCUAUAGCCGGCUCAUUGAAACGGCUAAAACUCACGGACACUGCUUCAGAAAGGCUCAAUGAAGAAGAAAUGCUGGAUAGAGGACUAAGUGAUGUUGAGGAGGGCUGA